AUUGUUGCUCCUUCUAACAUAAUGUCACUCAGCAAUCCCUUAAAUUUCCCUGGCCCUCAAUAUGAAGAGCUAUUAUUUAGAGAUAGGUCACAAUGUCACCCGUCAGAUCGCCAAAGAAACUACGACUGGACAUGCCCGCAGCUUGGCUUUCAUCUCGAGGAUACGUAAAACUGGCAGUGGAAGGUAACAUCGCCGCUGGAAAAUCCACCUUUCUCAAGCUCAUGUCCGAAGAGGGUGGCCUGAAGAUGUGCCCUGAACCAGUCAUAGACUGGACCAGCAUUAAGUUAGACAAGGAGGUUGACCAGGGAGCAGAGAAACUGCUAGCGAAGUUCUACGAGGAUCCAAAACGUUGGGCUCUCACAUUCCAGAACUACGCCCUGUUCAGCCGAGUAAAGAACCAGCCAAAGUUAGAGUUUGAGGACAAGGGAGUGUAUUUGUGUGAGAGGAGUGUGUUUAGUGACAGGUUGGUGUUUGGGAGGAACGGACUGAAGACAAACAUCAUGACACCUCUGGAGUACAGUCUUUACUGCAAGUGGCACUCUUUCCUCACGGAUGAUAACUCUGAAACUGACGUUGACGGUUUCAUCUAUCUACGUUGCAGUGCUGAAAUCUGUAUGAAGCGCCUUGAGACAAGAGCGCGGGCAGAGGAAGAUUCCGUUCCCCAGGAAUAUCUGGAUCAGAUCAACGACCGACACGAGGAGUGGUUUGUCAAGAAAGUGGACGUGCCAGAGAACAUCAGCAGGAAACCUACUCUCAUCGUCGACUAUUUCUGCCAGGUUAUGUAUUCAGCUCGGAAUGGUCCCCUAAAGAUCUCAAUAGAGGGUAACAUAGCUGCUGGGAAAAGCACAUUUCUUCAGUUGGUCAGCAAAUAUACGGACCUCAAAACCUUCCAGGAGCCUGUCUGCGAUUGGACCCACGUCCCUCUCGAAGCAGAAUGCGACCCCAAGGCUCACAGCAAUCUCCUGGAAAACUUCUAUUUGAAUCCUUCUAGAUGGGGCCUGACGUUUCAGCAGUUUGUUAUUUUCAGCCGGGUAAAGGGUUUUUACGAGGACAAAGAGAAUAACUGUCAUGACGGAUCAUUCCUGACAGAGAGGUCAGUUUGGGGUGACAGACUGGUAUUCGCCCGGAAUCUGUACAAGCAAGGAGUAAUAUCAGAUUUAGAGUACUCGCUCUACUGUCACCAGCACUCCUUCUCCUUGGAACGGUGCCCCGAUGCUUGUCCUGAUGCUAUUUUAUACCUCAAAACAUCUCCGGAGAUUUGUUUGGAGAGGCUCCAGCUUAGAGGCAGAAGUGAGGAGACAAGCGUUACUCUAGAGUACCUUCAACAGAUUCAUGAUAGACACGAAGAGUGGCUCAUCCAGAAAUCUGUCAACAUCCCUCCUAGCCUGUCUAAAGUACCUGUGCUAGUGGUGGACUGUUCCAAAAACCUCAUCAAAGACGAUCUGUACAGAGAAGAAGUGUUGGAGAAACUGAAGAGUUUCACCAAAUCACUCCAGAAUCAUGAACAGUAGUGUUUUAAGUAAGUGACGUCACCGUAGCUAUAGUGACAACCUGUUGACCCAUGGACGUUUCUAUGACGACAUGACGUCAUUUUAUCAGUAAUGUUUUAUUUUAAAUCUUCAAGUUGAUUUUUAACGUAUUUCAUAACAUUUUUACCUUUUUAUGUCUUAUCUAACUACUGAUUAAAUUAAGUUUUAAUAUCUAUUCUGUAUCUCCGAGUAAAAAUAAAAA